AUGGAUCCUGCGUCGGACAUUACUAAGCAGAAGGUGGCUGCUGCGAAAAACUACAUCGAGCAGCAUUACCGGAACCAGAUGAAGACGAUUCAAGAACGCAAGGAUAGGCGCAACGAGCUGGAGCGGAAGCUGGAGGAGGAGGACGUGCCGGAGGAGGAGCAGCAGCGCAUCAUGCAGGAGCUCGAGCGGCGCGAGACGGAGUUCCGCCGCCUGCAGCGCCACAAGAUGAGCGUCGACGACUUCGAGCUGCUCACCAUCAUUGGCCGAGGAGCCUUCGGGGAGGUGCGCAUCUGUCGGGAGAAGAAGACGGGCAGUGUGUACGCCAUGAAGAAACUCAAGAAAGCAGAGAUGCUUCGGCGCGGCCAGGUGGAGCACGUGAAGGCAGAGCGAAACCUGCUGGCUGAAGUGGAGAGCAAGUGCAUCGUGCAGCUCUACUGCUCGUUCCAGGAUGACGAGUUUCUGUACCUGGUGAUGGAGUACCUGCCGGGGGGCGACAUGAUGACGCUGCUCAUGCGCAAGGACACGCUCACUGAAGACGAGGCGCGGUUCUACGUGGGCGAGACGGUGCUGGCGAUUGAGAGCAUCCACAAGCACAACUACGUGCACAGGGACAUCAAGCCGGACAAUCUGCUGCUGGACCGCCACGGGCACAUGAAGCUGUCUGACUUCGGGCUGUGCAAGCCGCUCGACACCAGCACCUUCCCCGCCGUGGACGUCGAGGAGGCGGCUGCCAUGCUCUCCAACGCGUCUCUGGACAGCACCCAUCCGGGAUCAGGGCGCAGUCAGGCGGAGCAGCUGCAGAACUGGCAGAAGAACCGCCGCACUCUGGCCUACUCCACGGUGGGAACUCCGGACUACAUCGCACCUGAAGUGCUGCUCAAGAAGGGAUACAGCCUGGAGUGUGAUUGGUGGAGCAUGGGAGCCAUCAUGUACGAGAUGCUCAUCGGCUACCCGCCUUUCUACUCUGAUGACCCCAUGACAACCUGUCGCAAGAUUGUAAACUGGCGCACGCACCUCAAGUUCCCCGAGGAGGUGAUCAUCUCCCGGGAGGCCAGGGACCUCAUCUGCCGCCUUCUGUGCGACGUGGAGCACCGCCUGGGCACCAGGAGCGUCGGCGACAUCAAGAACCACCCGUGGUUCCGCGGCCUCCCCUGGGACCGCCUGUACAAGAUGGAGGCGGCUUUCCUUCCGGAGGUUAACGACGAGCUCGACACACAGAACUUUGAGAAGUUUGACGAGGUCGUUGAGGCCAGUGGAGCGCAGAAGGCAGGCCCCUGGAAGAAGAUGCUGCCAUCCAAGGACAUCAAUUUCGUCGGCUACACCUACCGCAACAUGGAAAUCGUGCAGGAGACGCAUUCCCCUCUCGGUGGCGCGUUGGAGCUGAAGAAGAAGAGCAAGGGGAAGAAGCCAGGCCUCAACUCCCUCUUUGCAGACGCCCCAGCCGCAUCGGGUGGCGGGGACCCCCACGACAGCCACUCCCACGGCUCUGGCAGCAGGGCAGCACAUGGGGGACAGGGAGGGGGCGGGGGGAGAGGGGGAGGGGAUUACGGGCGGGAUGAUGGGUAUGACGAUAGGGGUAGGGAUUAUGGCAGGGACGGGGGGAGAGGAGGGGGUGGGGGAGGUGGAGGAGGGAGGGGAGGGUACGAUGAGUAUGAGGAGGAGGAAGCACCUCCAAGGUCGUCUAAAGGAGGGGGAGGGGCGUACAGGCAACAGGAGCAUGGGUAUCAAGGAGGGGGAGGUGGUGGUGGGGGAGGGGGUGGGUAUAGCAGUCGGGGUGGUGGUGGUGGCGGGGGAGGGGGGCGGUAUUAG